ACAACAACUUAAUUAAUCAUGAGCCAGACGAAAAUCAAAUGAACUCUGAAAUUUCUUUAAAAAGGGCCGCUUGUAAAUAUAAUGAAAGCGAGUUCAAAGGCAUUAAACUUGUUUGUCGACCAAGAAAGCAAACCCCUGCGGAUCUGAAGUUAAAAUCAUCAGAAACUUCAUCAGAUUUAGCUUCAGAUAACACUCCUCCUCCUACUCCUUCUGAAGCAGGUUCUACAACUUCUUCUAGAUCACGAAGGUCGUCAUUACCUCCACGACAACGGAUCAGACAGUCUUCAGUUGCUUCGAUGUCUCCUGCUUCGUCAGUUUCAUCCGCUAAACCUUCAUCACUUAAUAGAUAUUUCAUUCUUAAAUCAUUGACCCAAGAUGAUCUUGAUAUUUCUGUUAAAAGCGGAUUUUGGGCUACUCAACCGCACAAUGAAGCAGCGUUGAAUAAAGCUUUUAAAAGUGCUGAAAACGUGUAUCUUAUUUUCAGUGCUAAUAAAAGCGGCGAGUUUUAUGGCUACGCAAAGAUGGUGAGUCCAAUUAGCAAAGAGACAACAGAGACUGUACAAUGGACACCUAUUGAUGAAGCUGCUUUAGCGGCUUCAUCAUCACGACCUUCAUCAGUCCAGGAGGAUAUGAAAACCCGAUUAAAAAAAUCUCAAGAUGAGGAAAAUGAAGAUUGUGAUGAUGAUGUUCCAUCGCGAAACUGGGGAACUACUUUUAAAGUUGAAUGGAUUAAAGUGCAAAAACUUCCAUUCAUGCGUACGCGACACCUCCGUAAUCCUUGGAACGCGAAUAGAGAGGUGAAAAUUAGCCGAGAUGGUACUGAAGUUGAACCUAUUGUUGGUGAACGUUUAAUUACAGAAUUCCACAAGACACCUCCUUCAACAGUUCCAGCACAAUAUAUGCCUAUCAACGGUCCUUUAUUAACUCAACCGUUGAACAUCGAUAAUCAAAGCACUGAUAAUGAUGUAAAAGACCGGAGAGCAUCGUUGUCUUCCCAAAGUGGAGCAUCAUCAUCGGUUCAAACUACCUUGCAACCAGUGAUGGAUCCAAACUUUAUUUCAAAUGCUCAACCAACAUUCUUCCCACCACCCAGUUACUGGCAUCCCCAACAUAUGAUAAUGCCUCCAUUUGGUACUGGAACUUCAGCACCAGGAUACAUUCCUACUCAACAGGCAUGGACAACAUCCGUUCCUAAAGAUUCAUCUGGAGUCAGUCGUGUACAGCCGCCACAGUCAACCGGCGUGCCGUCAGUGAUGCCUUUGGAGCAACAAUAUGUGGAGACUCCCGUUCCUCAGCAUCAUUAUCCUUCGGCUCCUGCUCAUCAAUUCUAUCCUAAUAAUUCUGGCAGUGCAGUAAUUGCACAAUAUCAACAAGCACAACAUUAUUAUCGCAAUUCUGAAGAACAAUAUCAAGCGACUUCUCAGCCACAGCAAGAGCCAAAUUCGGAAAAUGUGCCCUACCUGGUCGAUGAACAAAGAAAAGGCAUUGAGGCCACCAGUAGUGCAUAG